GUAUCGACGCCGCGCCAACUCAACACGCUUGACAUGUCAGUUGAGGUAACAGAGAAAGUGUCCUGUCUGCUCGUGUGUGCGCUAACUUGACUAAAUGAGCGGCUAACAGGAACUCUGAGACACCACCGGAUUGAGCCAAAGGAAUCAAAGAGAAGACGACUGUAAUUUACAGACAUGGGGGGCCUGAUAUCCAGAUGGAACACAAAGCAAACCACAGUUGAGCAGCUGGAGACCCUCGACAAGGAGAUUAAAGAGUUGGAGGAGUUCAGAGCCAAAAACCAACGUCUGCAAAAGCUGUGGGUCGGCCGGUUGCUUCUCUACUCGUCAGUCCUAUACCUGCUGACAUGUCUGGUUGUGUACUGUCUCUACCUACCUGAGCAAUGGUUGGAUAGAAUCGCCAUGGCUCUGCCUUUCUUCAUAUACCCUGUGCUGGUUUGGUUCAUCAGGAAGUUGUUGAUCUUCCUUUUUUCCAAACGCACUGAGAGAAACAGUGAUAAACUGGAAGAAUUGAAGGCUGCCAAAAAAAAGAUCCUGGAGGAAGUGAUGGAAACAGAGACGUACAAAAACGCUAAAGUCAUCCUGGAGCGCUUUGAUCCUGAAGCGAAGAAGAAAGCUGAGCUAGAGUCGACUCCGGUGCGUCCACAGAUGACUCCCAGGCCAGGACAAGAGAUUCGACAGAGAGGGGUGGCAAUGAGACCCAUGCCGAUGGGCACCCCGGCUGCAAUGACUCCCCCACCUGGAGCACGGCCUCCAAUGGGACCAGGGGGCACACCUGUGGAACCUGUCCCUCUCUCAGCUCCAGGAGGACCGCCGGAGAGAUCUGCUCUGUCUGCCUCUGUCCUCCAGGGGGCGAUACCCAGGACCCCCAGCUCUCCUAUACCAGGAGUCGGCCUGCACCCACCAGGUCCUCCAUUAGCAAGACCCAUCCUGCCCAAAGACAGGGGAGCCAUGGACCGAGUCAUUGAAUACCUGGUAGGGGAUGGACCACAGAACAGAUACGCUUUGAUCUGCCAGCAUUGUUUUUCUCAUAACGGCAUGGCCCUGAAGGAAGAGUUUGAAUAUCUAGCGUUCCGUUGUGCGUAUUGCUACUUCCUGAAUCCGGCCAGGAAGACACGCCCUCAGGCUCCCAGGCUUCCAGAGUUCAGCUACGAGAGGAGGCUGCGAGCAGAGUCUCGUUCUCCUGGACCAAUGCGGCGUUCAGGAACAGACACAGAGGAGAGUGCACCUCCUUCUGGAGCCAAGGCUCCAGCUCCGUGGAAUUUGGUCCACAGUUUCCAGAUCCAGCAGAGUCCAAAGAACCCCCAGAACCGACCCCUGCAGAGUCCAGAUGAGAGAGAGCUGGGGGAAGACGAAGGACCCACUAAAGGAGCAGAGAGUGACAGCCAAUCAGAGGAGCUGCAGCAGCAGGUAGAAGAAGAAAGAGAAGAGGAAGUGGUUCAGGAGGAGGCGGAGGAGGAGGAGGUGGAAUCAGAGCAGAGUCACAGCGCCCCCUGUGAGUCAGAGUCUCAGCCAUCAUAGUCACAGAGAGUCCAGAGGAGGACCAGGAAUGUCGGAUCAUUCGAUUGGAACAAAAGGUGUUGGUAGUGGCCAUGAUAGACAGGUGGCAUUUUAAAGCAAUAUAGGUGGACAAGGAUUGUCACUAGCAGCAGCAUAAUGAUAUUGUACUUCCUUGCAACCAAAAACUAGAUCAAUCACUGUCAUACUGACACAAAGCAGGUAGAGGAGAUUAUGUAGGUAAUGUGGUAAAUGGUGUGUAUUCUCAGUGAACAACAUAAUAACUUUGGAUGUACGCUCAUUGUAUUUAAUGGUAAAACUGUCCAAAAAUAUUGCCUAAAUGAUGCCAACAUAUCAUGGCCUUAACAGUCUGAGUGGUUCACUUGGAAGAUGUCAGAUUGAUGACCGUAGUUUUAAUUUUAAGGCUGUUUCUCAGUAGAGCAGUUUGCUGAUGAUGACGCUGUAUUUGUGGUGAUUGACUGUUAAUUUUUCAGUAUUCUAUCAUUUACAGGAUAAGGUUGUUUUAGGUUUGACGUAGUCGCCUGCCGUAGGAUUUGAACAUGGAGAGUUUGUUUUUAGAUGAAACUGCUGGUUCACUAUGUUUGUCUUCAGAUGAAACGAGAACAUGCUGAAAUUUUGCUUCCUUCGCUGACUCUGACGCCACUCAGUGUAGCGUCUGUAUAUUUAGCUAAAUAUCACACAUUAUCAUGAUGCAAAUUGAAUGUAGGGCAUACAUGUUAUUUAUUGUAUUGUCGGGUUGUGAGAGAACAUGAAAUCAAACAACUACAUCUGAAGACGAACCUGUUGUGAAUCAGGACAUAAUCUGUUGUGUUAGUGGUAUGCCAUUAAGUUUCAAGACACUGCUGCGGCUUUCUUCGUUUCCUGGUUUUAAUCCCACACACAUGCUCGUAGCCUUUUAAAGGAAUACUUAACUGGCAAAAUGACCACUUGUGUAACAACGACUCACCACGUGUCACAAUGCCUCCACUGUGAACGGAGAAUCCAAAAAAGCGGACUUUCUUCAUGAAUUGAAAUAAACGAAACGAACGAACAAAAGUAACCAAGAAAAAAAUAAGAUAGUAAUGAUAAGUAACAUAAGUUAUGUUUCAUGUUUCAUGUCUGAAAUGGAAUAGGAAGAAGCAAACUGCUUAUGUAGUUCUGCCCCUGUUCUGUUCUGAUACACAGUCAAUCACAUAAACCAACUCUCUGCCCCAGUGUCUAUCCGAACAACUAAAUCACUUGCUCUUCUUCAUAUAUAUAUAAUCAGCAACACACUCAAAAAAGGAAAUGGAAAACCAGUUAUGACAAUAUCACCGUUAGCGUGUACACAUUUGUACGUAUUUUUAACAGUCUGAUAUUUUUACUUGGUUUAAUAUCUUCCUGUAGUCCAUUCCACAAAAUCUCUCCACAAAUACAUACACACAUACGUUUAUUUCAGUGAUAAUUGUGUGGGCAGUGCUGAGCAUACGACUGGAUAAAUGAAACUUUGAUUAUACUGCACGGAGUUGUGUGACAGUUUGUGAACAGAUUUUUUACUGUUGUUAAACACGGACCCCAGUGACUUCACUUCAUGAAGAAUUUUCGUCUUUUUUGGAUUCUUCAUUCACUGUGGAGAGAAAAGUUUUCUUUACAAAUUCAACUAACUAAUAAACAAGUGAUCAUUUUGCAGGUGAAGUAUUCUUUAAACACAGAUACUUGGACAAAUAGUAAUACUGACAUUUCAUCAAACUCUGAUGCAUGUACUCAUUUUAUCCUGCUGAAUUUUAAAGUUUUUAUAAAAUAAUGUUUUAGCAUGCAGCUUGUUCUAGACAAGCGUUAAGAUGAAGUUAGUGCGUUUGAAUGCAGCUGAUGUUUCUCUGGUAAGCUGCACUCAGAUCUGCAAGAAGUUCUAAGUGCAGGUCAAAAUGAAGGAAUAGAUCUGGGUAUGUAUAUGUACAUAUGUAUAUAUCCAGUAAAGCCUUGUUUCCACCGAGCAGUACGGUACGGUUCAGUCCGAUACGCAUUUUUUUCCAUUUCCACUGUAAAAAGUUGUGGAUGGUACCAAUGGAACCAUUCCUUACCGUCCCCAUGUUUGGUCCCCCCUCUGUUGGGGUACCUAGCACACAGAUUUGGUACUAAAAGGUGGAGCUGUGAACACUGCAGUCUGAUUGGUCAGUAGAGGACGGUCACUCUGCUCAGGGCUGAGUUGUGGCUGGUUUUGAGGCUCAUGUAAGAGAACAAGAAGCAUCGCGGAGCAUCGUUCCUGUCGGCCAUGGAGACACUAAACCCCUGAGCUUGCCUGAGAAGGACUAAAUUCACAAACCCACUAUUUUUAAAUAUCCCAUGCAGAGACACUGCAGCCUGUUCUGUUUUGUUCUGAAAAUGUCGAGGUGUAGCCUCGUUCUGUGGACGAUAAACCAGGUGCACUGCUUACUGGUGAUGAGAAAAUACAGCGAGUGUUGGACGGAGACCAGAACCCCACCCACAUUUAAAAGUACUGUUUGCGGUGGAAACAUUUAACAAAUCUAGGGUCUAGGUACCUUAAUAUCUGAAGGGUUAGUUUUGGUUCUAAAGGUACCAAACUGAAAGUGUUUGGUGGAAACGGAGCUGAAGUGGAUGACGCACUUACCAGAGACAGCAGCUGCUGCAAGUCUGUACAUUGAUGCCUCUGUUUCUUCUUUGUUGGUGAGAGAGUUAGAUACAAUCUCUCAGCAGCAAAUUAUUUUCACCAAAUAAAUGUCCCAGUUAUACUGCAGUUGCUGUGUACUGUGUGUAACUGAACUCAGAUCAGCCAUCAGUGGUGCAACAGGUUGUAAACCAUUACAGGUAUGUAACCCUGCUGCAUAAACCGCGCUCUCCCUGCAUACAAACAGCAUGUGCACUCAUCAGGUUUUAUUUGACUCUUAUUUUUUUUUUCUAACCAAGUUUUUUUGGGGAAAACUGAACCUCUAAAAUUAAACUUUAUCGUUGAAGAUCUUUCUUCAAGGUUGUGCCUGUCAACUGAAGCUAAUUUAUGUGCUUGAGGAUAGCAUCAGUGUUGAUGAGCAAUGCUAACAAUCGUUCAGUUUCUGAAUGAACUGAACGUUUCAACGUUUGAUAGGUGAAAGAAAUUAGCAGACUGGAGCUAAAACUGCCAAUUCAUCUGUCUGUUUUCUGCCAAUCAUUUGCCAAAUGUGCUGUAGUUUUAUCUGUAUUACCUGACUUCAUUUGCACUGAGUUCUCUUUAUUUAUUUGGCCAUAAUGUGUUUUAAUCUGUGUUCAGGAUUUGAUGCACUGUUUCGUUUGAAACAUUUAGACGUGUAAUCUUAAAUUGCCACGGUACUUAAAUCAGUUUAAAUGUAAAGGCCUGGUUUGGGUUCUGUGGCCUUCUGGUUGCUUUUUAGCAUUUGUUGAAAUGUUUUUAUUGUGUUUUCUGUUUUUGCUUUUAUUCAUUUGAUGUAUUUUAAAUGUGUGCACUCACAGUAGGUACUUGGUGCUUUGGUUGCUACUGUUUACAGUGUAAUCUGCUCCACGCUGAUCAGCCAAAAUAUUUGAACCACCGACAGGUGAAGUGAACGACAUUGAUCAUUUUGUUAUAAUGCGAUGUGCUGCUGGGAAAUUUUGGGUCGUAACACACCACCCACUCAAACACCGUUACAGAGCAAGUACAUCCCCUCAUGGCAAAGGCCCCCCAGCAAGGAGAUGUGCUGUGCCACGCCACAAAAACUGCUGAAAAAUGACCCAAAGAACGUGACAGAGAGCUCAAAGUGUCAACCUGGCCUCCAAAUUUCUCAGAUCCCAAUCUGUUUGAGGAUUCGUGGGACAUGCCCCAGAAGUACCACCUAAUCCUGGUGGUUUACCUUGGCUCAGACUUGGCCCUGACCUUUCGAGGCAUGGACACUGGACCUCUAGGGGUGUCCUGUGGUGUUUUGGCACCAAGGCGUUGGCAGCGGAUCCUUUGAGUCCUGUGGGUUUUGAGUUGGGGCACCGGCAUAUCUCACAAAUGCUUGAUCAGAUUGGGAUCUGGGAAUUUUGGAGGCCAGGUUGAUGCCUUGAGGUAAUUGUCACAUUUCUCGGGCCAUUGCUGAGCAGUUUUUGUGGUGUGGUAGGGUGUGGAGGCCACUGCCAUAGUGGUGUACUGUUGCCAUGAGGGGGUGUACUUGGUCUGCAGAGGUGUUUGGAUAGGUGGAGCAUCCACAUGGAUGACAGGACCCGAGGUGUCCCAGCAGAACAUCACAUUAUCACAAGAUGAUCAAUGUUACUCACCUCACCUGUCAGUGGUUUUAAUAUUGUGGCUGAUCGCUGUAUGUCUAACUACUGUAGCAACAAAUUCAGGAGGUUCGUGGCUCGUCUGGCCAGCACUUGCACCCACUGCUUUUGACAGUUUCUUAGAACCAGGAGAAAUAGUGAGUGUCUAUGCAAAUGUAAAUAUGUGGUGGUAUCACCUGUGGUGUUCACAUCUGGUCCUAGAAACACACCCAGGCUACCUGGGCAAAAUAUUCUUGAGGGAUAAACUGACGACACAUUGAAUUCCCUUUAAUGUGUAUAUCUUAAUGUGUUAAUUUCAGAUUUUCACACUAAUUCUGUGUUUCUAGUUAUUUGUUGACCUCAAACCCUCAACAACCCAGAAUCAUUUGGAAAAGUUUGCCUUGAAGGUUUGGGCAGCAGAAGUGCUUCUAGACGAACCUUUACUAUUGAGGCGAGACCAUGUAAUGUAUUUAAAGCUGCCUGACUCUGCACCUUGACCACUGCUUAUCAUUUCCAUUUUGUCCUGUUAUUUCCCUGCAAAAUGUUGCAUCAGUGUACCUGUAUCAGCUGACUGACUCGUGGUCGGCUGAGUGGUGCCAGUGUUUACAAGCUUUUUAUCCUCCAUGAUACCUGCUGGUGAUGAAGAGUAGUAAAAACUAUAAAUAUAAAGCUGUCGUUAAGAUAUUUAAAAACCUGUCAAAAAGUUGUCUCACGCACUGACUCGUGUAACACCUGUUUACUUUGUAUUUGUAGUUUUGUUUUUCUCUGCUAGAUUUAUCAGUUACCUUUCUGCCAAUGCUGGUUGUCAUUAAGUGGGCGCAUGGCACGCCUAAUAAAAGUUUUUCAGCAACAAA